GUUUUCAAUGCAAACAUGACAAAUACAAGUGCUAAUAAUACUAUGAGUCAAAAUGAUCAACAACAACAGCAACAACAACAACAGCAGCAGCAGCAACAACAACAACAACAAGCACAAGAACAGCAACAAGAAGAAGAAGAAGUACAAGCUGAAACAAACCAACAGGAACAAGUCGAAAGAAACGCAUCACAACAGAACCAAAAUAUUGAAACAACAACAGAUGUAAAUGAUGCAUCAUUGUCCAGCUCGUCUACUCAACCUACCACUCCACCUGUUUCUGAAGCAGAGGCCUUAUCCUCUACUGUUUCUAUUUCUCUUGGUAUUCCUUCAGCACCUUCAACUUCAGCCAUCACAUCUCCUUCAGCCAAUACUAGGAGUAAAAGACCACUUUCCAGUCAUGGAUCUUCACCCACUAAAAAAGCUGCACGAUUCGAACUGUCGGAUGAAGAACAGGAAGAAGAACCGAAUAAUGUGAUCGAAGUAGUUCAACGACAUUCAUCAACACGCCUGUCUGAUAUAGUUCCUGCUAAACAAAUGGUCAAGUAUCAUAAUUUGUCUAUCAGUCCAGCGAACAUUAUUGGUCUAAUGCGAAUGCCAGAUGGAGAAAUUUUUGCGAUAACCACUUUCCUUAAAUAUUUACUACCACUUUCUAGCUUUAUUGAUUUGGACCAUGAUGAAAUAAAGGAUUUUUAUGAAAACGUUUUGGAAUAUGCGACUCUACAACAAAAAGAAAAAGAACAAUACAUCACACACAAAGAAGCUGCUGACUAUGAAGAGGAUUAUAAAAAAAAUCAUCCGUUUGUUUUGGAAUGCAAAUAUUGUGGAGCCUUUUACACCAAAGGAGUAAAUCUAAACAGACAUGUUAGAGGAAACAAAAAUGCAGCGAACCAAUUCAGAAGUGUCUGUCAAAAAAGGAUAAAAAUUGACAAUCUACGUUCAAACCAGGUUAAUAAUGUACCACGGCGAGACCCAUGGGCAAGAUUUGCUAUUUUGGAUCCAUUAAUACCAUUGUCCGCGAAAAUUCCACUUACUAUUGUUAACGAAUUUAAUAAGUAUUGUACAACCAAUAUGUUAUUCAAAAACUCAAGAUUCAUUGAUCCCAACAAAUAACAAUGUCAUAGGCUUACUAAUAUUGGUGAAAUUUUUUCUAUUUUUUUCAUUUAUAUUCUUUUAUUUAUACUCAUUUUAUUCUUUUUAUUUUGUACUCAUUUUAUUUGUAUUCUCUUCAUUAAUUUCUCCUUUAGACUAUCUACUUAUUUUAUUCACUUUUUUGCUCUUUACUGAUUAACUGAUUUGUAUUCUUUUUCAUUUCUUUUUAUCUAUUAUAUUUUUCAUCAAUUUAAUAUCAUUAAACUUUGUACUCAAUCACUUUUUAAUAUUAUUAUUUAUUCAUCAUUUUUUUCUGUUUUUUUCUUUUCAGGUGCCCUACAAGGUUAACACCUCCACGUGGUGUAGGGUGGAUGCUUACUUUAAGCAACUAAGUUAACCAAUUUUAUCUUUAAACUUAUCAAUGAAUUAUUACUUUAAGUACUCAAGAUUAUCCCAAGGAUAAUAUUUUAAUUUAUUGCUAGACCCCAGGUUAUAAUCAUGAUCCAUAUUAAUGGUAUUAAGAUGUUGCAAUUGGUUUAAUUAUCCCCUAAGGACAGGAUUAAAGGAUUAUCUUAAAAAGAGUUUCAAUGUAUAUAGUUUAUAUGCUCCAGGCAAAGAUUGGUGAUAAAGAUAAGUUGUUUAAAUUGAAUAAAAAGAAGACUGCUUUAAUCUUUAUCCUUCACUUUAAUAUUAUCCUUAUCUUGUGAACCUUCAACGUGAAUUAAAGCUUUGAAAUGGUAAGUUUUUUUCUUUUUUCUUUUUCCUCUAAUCUUUUUAAUAUCAAUUCUUUUUCUUUUUUCUUUUUUCUUUUUUCUUUUUAGGAUUUUUCAUAUAAAACUGUUCACCUUAACGAUGACUCGUUUUGGAAAAUUCUUUUUCAAAUAAGGAAGGCAGUGGUAAAAUACAAUCACAUAGAACUGCAUUCGAUGUAUCGAUCAUUCCUAUCUACCUUUGAUUCAAUCAAAACAAUGGAGAUACAGCUGAAAACAAAUGAUAAAGAUGAAUGGGAAAACCUUUGGUUGAAAACGGAGAUCGAUUAUUACAAUGAACAACUGUGGGAAGAUUUCAUUUGUAUUAAAAAAAUGUGUGUUUUUCUAGAAAAAAUCUAUCGAACUGAUUAAAAUUUUACUAAAACCUUAUCAAUUAAAAAUUUAA